UUGUACUGCAAGCAAGGAUUCAUGAUUUAGUCUGGCAGAAGCCAUACUUGGCGUUGUGUCAUCAACGGUUUGACUUCUGGCAACCUAUACGUCGUCUCUAAGAGACGGCUUUCUUAGGUGCAACGAAAUCCAAGUUUGUUUUUUACGGGAUAUUACUUUCAUUCGUCCGCUGAUUAUCCACGUACCGGCUAUCAGAUCUGCGUUACUAGGCUCUUAGUCCCGUGUUAUCGGGACAGAGCUAACGUGCUACUUCGUGCCUAUCUCCUAUCUCGUCGACGGCGAUGGGGCUCGAAUCUGCCGACGCGAAGAUGGCGGACCUCAUGCAGACCGUCCUCAGCACAGCCACGGCGGAUCAAGCGAAGGUCGCCAGCGAGAUCUGCGACGUUAUCAAGACCAACGGCGUCAAACUAUGCGAGUCGCACAAUCUAUUUGCGAAGAUCGCACAAGGGCUCGACGACACAUCUACCCCAGUUGUGAAGGAGGGGGCGCUGGUGCUGGUGCGCAAGCUCGCGGAGACAGUCGGCGCGCCUCUGGAGGCGCAACUGGUUGCGCUACUCCCCACACUACUUCUCCGCGUGGGGGACAAAGGGCCCACCGGGGGGAACAAGGCCGCGCCCGCGGGGAACAAGGCUGCGCCUGCAGUGAGCAAAGCUCCAGGCGCGGCGAACAAGGUUCUGGGGGGCCCGGCGGUGAGCAAGGUUCUGGGGGGCCCGGCGGUGAGCAAGGUUCUGGGCGGGCCCGCGGUGAGCAAGGUUGUGGGCGCGCCCGUGGCUGGCAAGGGCCUGACGCUCCUGAACAAAGCGGCGGGUCCCGUCCUGCUGAAUAAGGCCGCCGCCCCAGUUUUGCUAAACAAGGCCGCUGCGCCCGCGGCGAACGGUGCUGCGCCCGCGGGUGCACCCGCGGCGGGGACGGCUGCGCCUGUGGCGGAGAGUUCCGCGUACGAGGCGGUGGGGGUUCCGCUGGCGGCGGAAGCUGCUGCGAAGGCGGUGGUGGGAAUGAUCUGCCCGCAUGCCGUGCCGCUGGUGCUGCCAGUGCUAGUGGAGGGGGCGCGCAACCACAAGAGCUGGAAGACGCAGGAGGCCGCGCUGCUGCUGGUGGGCCACCUGGCGCUCAACGGCCCCCGCCAGGUGGCAGCCGCCCUCCACGUCAUCGUGCCUCUGCUGUCGGAAUACAUGAUUGAAGGCAAAGCGCAGGUGAUGAAGGCGGCAGCAGCGUCCAUGCUGCAGUGCGCCGGCACCAUUGGCAACCGCGACAUCGAGGCGGCGGUGCCGUCCCUCGUGGACGCCAUUCUGCACCCCACGCACGUGCCCGAGUGCGUCAACCGCCUCUCGGGCAUCACCUUCAUCCAGCCCGUGCUGUCGCCCGCGCUCGCCAUCAUGACGCCCGUGCUGGUCCGCGGAAUGAAGGAGCGCGCUGCACUGGUCAAGCGCAAGACCGUCGUGGUGAUCGAGAACGUGCUGAGGCUGGUGGAGGAGCCGCGGGAGCUGGCGCCGUUCCUGCCGAUGCUGAUGCCCGGGGUGGAGCGGGUGAGCGUGGAGGUGGCGGACCCUGAGUGCCGGCAGACGGCGGGGCGGGUGCUGCUGACGCUGCAGGGGAUGAAGGAGGAGGUGGACUCGCACGCCAAGGACGCGGGUGGCAGCGGGGAUGUGUGCGCCGCUGCCGUAGCGCUGGCUGAAGCGGCUGCUGCUAAGAAACGCGGCAGUGGCAACGGUGGGGCUGGUAAUGGCAAUGCUGCUGCUGGUGCGCCGGCAGAGGGGCUGGCGGAGAGGCAUGCAGCGAACGCAGUGGUACUGCUGGGGCUUCUAAGGAAUGUGAUAGCAUCGGGGGCGAGGGAGGAGGCGGAGAAGGGGGGCAUGCUGGUGCAAACCCUAGAGUACGUCGUCCGCAUGUGCACGGUGCUCGCAGCAGCCAAGCGCUUUGAGGAAUCCGACUGGGUCCGCUGCGUCGUCCCGAGCCUCGAGCCGUACCUGUCGCCCUGGGGCGAGGACACCGAGGCUGUGGCUCGGCAGUUCUGCAAGCAGGCUCGGGAGGCGCACAGGGCAGCGCGGAGCGGGGACGGGUCGGGGGCAGAGGACGGGGAGGACGAGGGGGAGGACCUCUGCGACUGUGAAUUCUCCCUUGGAUACGGCGGGAAGAUCCUCCUCUCCGCCACCCGCCUGUGGCUGAAGCGCGGGCGGCGGUACGGACUGUGCGGGCACAACGGGUGUGGAAAGUCCACCCUCAUGCGCGCCAUAGCCAACGGGAAGCUCGACGGGUUCCCCUCGGCUGACGUGCUGCGGACCGUGUAUGUGGAGCACGACCUGGACAGCUCCGUGGUGGACAGGAGCCCCGUGGAUUAUUUGUUGGAGGAGGAGGCGCUCAAGGGGCGGGUGGACGAGGCGGAGGUGGUGUGCGAGCUGGGCAAGAUGGGGUUCGGGGAGGACCGCCAGAGACAGCCGAUCACGGCGCUGUCGGGCGGGUGGAAGAUGAAGCUGGCUCUCGCGAGGGCCAUGUUGAUUGGGGCGGAUAUUCUGCUGCUUGAUGAGCCGACGAACCACAUGGACGCAACGAACGUGGAGUGGCUGCAGCGGUACCUGACGGGGCUCAAGACGCUGUCGUGCCUCAUCGUGUCGCACGACAGUGGCUUCCUGGACGCCGUGUGCACAGACAUCAUCCACUACGAGAAGAGAAAACUCAAGCACUACAGGGGCAACCUGUCCGCGUUUGUCAAGGUCAACCCUGCAGGCCGUGUGUACUACGACUUGGCAGCAGCCCCUUUCAAGUACAAACUGCCGACGCCCGGGCAGCUGGACGGCAUCCGGCGCAAGGAGUCGCCCAUCAUGAAGCUCACCAAUGUCUGCUUCACGUACCCCGAGGCCGAGAGCCCCGCACUCACUGGCGUGCACGUGCAGUGCACUCUGGGCAGCCGAGUGGCUGUGGUGGGGGUGAAUGGGGCGGGCAAGUCAACACUAAUCAAGCUUAUUACUGGAGAGAGCAAGCCUUCGUCCGGCACCAUCUGGCGGCACCCAAACCUGGGCAUGGCGUACGUGGCGCAGCACGCGUUCCACCACGUGGAGCAGCACCUGGACAAGUCGCCCAACGAGUACAUCCGGUGGCGCUUUGCGCGCGGCGAGGACCGCGAGGAGCUGAACAAGGUGUUCCGCAAGAUCGGCAAGGAGGAGAUGCGGAGCAUGGAGGAGCUCAUCAUGCACAACGGCCAGAAGAAGCAGGUGGAGCAGCUGCUCUCAAGGCGCAAGUCCAAGAAGAGCUACGAGUACGAGGUCAAGUGGGUGGGCCUCAAGUCAGUCUUCAACAGCUGGCUGUCGCGCGAGCUCCUAGAGGACCUGGGAUUCGAGAAGCUGGUGCACGACGUGGAUGCCAAGGAGGUGGCGCGCCUGGGCGUGUACGGGCGGCCGCUCACCAUUGCGGGCGUGCAGGAGCACUUUGACAACUUCGGGCUUGAUGCCGAGUUCGGCACGUACGGCCAGAUCAAGAACCUCUCGGGCGGGCAGAAGGUGAAGGUGGUGCUGGCAGCGGCCAUGUGGAGCAACCCGCACAUGAUAGUGUUGGACGAGCCCACCAACUACCUCGAUAGAGACUCCCUCGCCGCGCUCGUCGGCGCCAUAAAGGACUUUGAGGGCGCUGUGGUGGUAAUUUCCCACAACAAGGAGUUUCUGGCGUCGCUCACCAAUGAGACGUGGACUGUGGAGAACAAGAUGGUUAUUGCUCCCGGGAAUCCCGCAUACGAGAAGGCGUUGAAGGCUGGUGGCAAGAAGAAAUAAACUGUUGCAUUUGCAAUUCGUUCAUUAUUUUUUAUUGUUGCAGGGAAUCUAUGAACAUCGUUCUAAUGGAUAAGAAUACUGUUGCGAAUUAUCGAUUUGCAGAGAAGUUUGUGUAACAUUUAUGACGUUCGCCAUGGGCACGCGAAAGCUCUAGAUGCACUUCGCAGCGGCUUCUGUGUUAUUGCCCAACCACUUAUUGAACAAUCGAGAGAAUCACACACCUGGCCCCACAAGCGAGAGCAGAGCCCCCAAAAGCCAAGAAACCCUCCCCUGGCUGUCGGCCGGAGCAUCUGCCUCCCAGGGCAAGAUCCGACGGCUGUGAGCAGAAAUACAAAUCUGUUCUCCAAUACCCUAAUCUUGGUCUCCCUCCCUCUCUCUCCCUCUCUCGACCUUGCGUACAUAAGUUAGCUUACCUCGUGCAGACUUUCCUUUUGUUCCGCGCGUAGCCCUGAGAGCCGUCGAGAAAACCAGUAGACGCCAUGGGUCGCCGCCCCGCUAGGUGCUACCGCCAGAUUAAGAACAAGCCGUACCCCAAGUCGCGGUACUGCCGCGGUGUUCCCGAUGCGAAGAUCCGCAUUUAUGACGUGGGCAUGAAGAAGAAGGGCGUCGAUGAGUUCCCCUACUGCGUCCACCUCGUCAGUUGGGAGAAGGAGAACGUGUCGAGCGAGGCGCUGGAGGCGGCGCGCAUUGCGUGCAACAAGUACAUGACCAAGUUCGCGGGCAAGGACGCCUUCCACCUGCGCAUCCGCGUGCACCCCUUCCACGUGCUGCGCAUCAACAAGAUGCUCUCGUGCGCCGGAGCUGAUAGGCUCCAGACGGGUAUGCGAGGGGCGUUCGGCAAGCCGCAGGGCGUGUGUGCACGUGUGGCGAUCGGGCAGGUGCUGCUGUCCGUGCGCUGCAAGGAGGCCAACGCCGCUGUGGCCGCCGAGGCCCUGCGCCGCGCCAAAUUCAAGUUCCCGGGCCGGCAGAAGGUCAUCGCCAGCCGCAAGUGGGGCUUCACAAAGCUUGCCCGCGCCGACUUUGUCAAGUGGAAGCAGGAGAACAGGCUGGUGCACGAUGGAGUGAAUGCCAAGCUCUUGGGCAACCAUGGUCCUCUUGCUGCCAGGAAGCCAGGCCAGGCCUUCCUCACCCCCCCGGAGAAGCAUGAUGCUUAGACUCACCAUGCCCCGCAUCAGGUUCUGCAGAGUCGAGCCCAUAGUUUGUGGCACAUCCUUGGUUGCUAGCCUGCUUGUGUAACUAAUUUUGCGCCAUUAGCAGGGUCAGUUGUUCUGGAUGUGAAGUCGUGUAAACCGUGAGAACGAGCUAAAGGAGCACACAUUGAGUAGUCGUAAUACUGCGAAUGUUGAAUACGAGACGUACUACAAGUUGGAUAUGUAGACUUGUUUUCCUGAAUCCAAACCACGUUUCCUUUUGCGGAUAGAG